UCCACCACCGAGCCCUAUAUCAACCAUCAUAACCACAUACAGUACCCUAACCAAAUUCAGUCUCAUUGUUCGUCUUUGAAUUUGUCUUAUUAUUACACUGAAAAUGACGCAGCCCCUCGUCUUCCACGUCUUUGGCGGCCCCAACAUCCGCGCCUCCUUAUCCCCGACAAUCCACAACGCCGCCUUCACCCACCACCGCCUCCCACACACCUACACCGUCGCAGAAUGCACUUCCUUAUCAGAAGUAUCCCAGCUCAUCACCUCCCCCUCCUUUGGCGGUGCCAGCAUUACCAUGCCUCACAAGCUCGCCGCUUUUGAACACUGCACUCAAGUGAGCGAUUCAGCGCGUGCCAUUGGAGCCAUCAACACCCUACUUACUACCCGAUCUCCGAACGGGAACGGAGCAGUUAAGGUAACAGGCGACAACACAGACUGGUCCGGUCUCUACACCCUCAUUAUCGACUACUUAUCCCAGCAAGGCAUACAUUCCGGUAAAGGGACCGGCAAAGUAGGCCUCGUCAUUGGGGCAGGGGGUGCCGCGAGAGCAGCCGUGUAUGCGCUCUUACAGGCUGAGUUCUCGACGAUUAUUAUUUGGAAUCGGACUGUCGGGAAGGCAGAGGAUAUUGUUGGGGAUUUUGAUGCUCUGAGGUGUGGGGGUAAUGACGUUGAGAUGAGGGCUGUUGGGGAUGUGGAUGGCAUUGGACCUGUGGAUGUGGUUAUUGGGACUAUUCCUGGGGAUGUUAAGAACGAGGAGGAUUUUGAAGGGCUGUUUCAGGAAUCGAAGACGGGGUUGUGUGUCGAGAUGGCGUAUAAGCCGAAAGUUACUCCCCUGAUGAAGGUUGCGGAGAGGCGUGGGUGGGUGGUCCGCGAUGGAUUGGAGGUGUUGUUGAGGCAGGGCUUUGAGCAAUAUCGCUUGUGGACGAAGUUGGAUGCCCCGGAGGGGGUGAUGAGGGAGGCGAUUGGGGAGAAUGGAGUGAAAUCGAAGGUUUGAUCAGGUUUUAGCGUGUUCGAGUUGUGGUGAGAUUCGUUUGCAUGAAAUGAUUUUCCCCGAACGAUGGUUCAGAGCUCUGUUUUUUCCUGUAGUUUCAUGCUCUUUGCUUCUCGUCAGCGUCAUGUCUGGCGGGCGUCAGGGCGAGGAAUACUUGCAGGAGGGCACCACGCUCACUGGACGCCCUCCUGGUGACAGUUCUCCACUGGGUUUCAAACCAGCCAUUCGCAGGUUCGGCAGAGCUGCUGGCGCAUGCAUGUUCUCCAGACGGUCGCUAGUGUCCGUGGCACUAAGCCAUGUCGUUCCUGCGCUGCCACGAGGCCUAUUCUGGCACUUUUCUGAACAAUUGACGCUUUCCAUUUUCUGUGUCCCAUAAGUAGAUUUUUUUCAGAAGAUUGUUGCUCAUGAGAUCUGCUCUCCGUUAGCGUUCUUGUAAAUCCCCUCCGUUUGUCGGCCAAGAAGCCCCG